GUCGACUCGGUGCCGGGUAUAAGUACCCCAGCCACGCCCGCUGAUGAUCACAACACAACCAGCCUUCAACUGCAAACUACAUCCAACAACCAGUCAUCAUGAUCGCCAAGUUCGUCGUGUUGGCUGCCCUGGCGGCGGUUCAGGCCAGCGCCUCGCUGUGCGGCUGCGACAGCUGGGGGUUCCCCGGCAGCUGGGGGUACCCUUGGUACCCGGGCGGCUACCCCGGCGGCUACCCCGGCUACCCUGGCUACCCCGGGUACCCGGGCCUGAUCGGCGGCGGCGGGUCGGCCAGCUCCGCGGCCGCCGCCUCUUCGGCGGCGGCGGGCGGUAGCGGCGUCGGCGGCUCCGCCUCCUCGGCGGCCGCUGCUGCUGCCGCGGCGUCCGGGUCCUCGGGCUCCCCCGGCUACUACGGCGGCCUGGGAGGCUACGGCUACCCGUCCGUGCUGGGAGGAGGCCUGUACGGCGGCUACGGCUACCCCGGCGUCGGCUCUAGCGCCGCCUCUGCGGCAGCCGCUUCCGCGAGCGGCGUCGGCAGCGGUCUCUACGGCGGCGGACUCUACGGCGGCGGACUCUACGGCGGCGGCUACGGCUACCCCGGCGUCGGCUCUAGCGCCGCCUCUGCGGCAGCCGCUUCCGCGAGCGGCGUCGGCAGCGGUCUCUACGGAGGCGGCCUCUACGGCGGCGGACUCUACGGCGGCGGCUACGGCUACCCCGGCGUCGGCUCUAGCGCCGCCUCUGCGGCAGCCGCUUCCGCCAGCGGCGUCGGCAGCGGUCUCUACGGCGGCGGUCUCUACGGCGGCGGCCUCUACGGCGGCGGCCUCUACGGCGGCGGUCUCUACGGCGGCGGCCUGUACGGCGGCGGCUGCGGCUACCCCGGCGGCUACCCCGGCGGCUACCAGGGCGUCGGCGCUAGCUCGGCAGCGGCCUCCAGCGCCGCGGCGGGUUCCGGCAUCGGCAUCCAGUACGGCGGAGUCUACUAGGAUCGCACCUCUGCUGAAUCACCGGAUUACUUCUUUACCCACUGGUUCCACAUUCUUUCCUCUAGGUCCUGUCGACAUAAUCGAUCCCAUGUUAAAUUGUAUCGUCAUGUGACGUCUUCAGCUGCUGGGAUGGAUUUGUGAUCAGUGAUAAAAAAAUUUAACUCUGUAUUUGCAUUAAUAAAAGUAUCAUGUACUUUUAA